CGGCGGCAGCGGCGGCGGCCUGGGCCCGGGCGCGGCGGCGGUGGCGGCGGCGGCGGCAGGCCCUGGAGCCGGAUCUAAGAUGGCAGCGGCGGCUGCGGCGGUGGGGCCGGGCGCGGGCGGCGCGGGGGCGGCGGUCUCAGGAGGCGCGGGGCCCUGCGCGACAGUGUCCGUGUUCCCCGGCGCCCGCCUCCUCACCAUAGGCGACGCGAACGGCGAGAUCCAGCGGCACGCGGAGCAGCAGGCGCUGCGCCUCGAGGUGCGCGCCGGCCCGGACGCGGCGGGCAUCGCCCUCUACAGCCAUGAAGAUGUGUGUGUGUUUAAGUGCUCAGUGUCCCGAGAGACAGAGUGCAGCCGCGUGGGCAAGCAGUCCUUCAUCAUCACCCUGGGCUGCAACAGUGUUCUCAUCCAGUUCGCCACACCGAGCGAUUUCUGUUCUUUCUACAACAUCCUGAAAACCUGUCGGGGGCACACCCUGGAACGGUCGGUAUUCAGCGAGCGGACGGAGGAGUCCUCAGCUGUGCAGUACUUUCAGUUUUAUGGCUACCUGUCACAGCAGCAGAACAUGAUGCAGGACUAUGUGCGGACAGGCACUUACCAGCGUGCAAUCCUGCAGAACCACACUGACUUCAAGGACAAGAUCGUUCUUGAUGUUGGAUGUGGCUCUGGGAUCCUGUCAUUUUUCGCUGCCCAAGCUGGAGCCAGGAAAAUCUAUGCAGUGGAGGCGAGCACCAUGGCCCAGCAUGCUGAGGUUUUGGUGAAGAGUAACAACCUGACCGACCGUAUCAUUGUCAUACCUGGCAAGGUAGAGGAGGUCUCCCUCCCUGAACAAGUGGACAUCAUCAUCUCAGAGCCCAUGGGCUACAUGCUCUUUAAUGAGCGCAUGCUCGAGAGCUACCUCCAUGCCAAGAAGUACCUGAAGCCCAGCGGAAACAUGUUCCCCACCAUUGGUGACGUCCACCUCGCACCCUUCACGGAUGAACAGCUCUACAUGGAGCAGUUCACCAAGGCCAACUUCUGGUACCAGCCAUCAUUUCACGGAGUAGACCUGUCAGCCCUCCGAGGCGCUGCUGUGGAUGAAUAUUUCCGCCAGCCUGUAGUGGACACAUUUGACAUCCGGAUCCUGAUGGCCAAGUCUGUCAAGUACACAGUGAACUUCUUAGAAGCCAAAGAAGGAGAUUUGCACAGGAUAGAAAUCCCAUUCAAAUUCCACAUGCUGCAUUCAGGGCUGGUCCACGGCCUGGCUUUCUGGUUUGACGUUGCUUUCAUCGGCUCUAUAAUGACCGUGUGGCUAUCCACUGCCCCAACGGAACCCCUGACCCACUGGUACCAGGUCCGGUGCCUAUUCCAGUCACCACUCUUUGCCAAGGCUGGGGACACACUAUCAGGGACAUGUCUGCUUAUUGCCAACAAAAGACAGAGCUAUGACAUCAGUAUUGUGGCCCAGGUGGACCAGACAGGCUCCAAAUCCAGUAACCUCCUGGAUCUAAAGAACCCCUUCUUCAGAUACACAGGAACGACUCCCUCACCCCCACCUGGCUCGCACUACACCUCUCCCUCUGAAAACAUGUGGAACACGGGCAGCACCUACAACCUUAGCAGCGGGAUGGCUGUGGCAGGGAUGCCAACUGCCUAUGACCUGAGCAGUGUUAUUGCCGGCGGCUCCAGUGUGGGCCACAACAACUUGAUUCCUUUAGCCAACACAGGGAUUGUCAAUCACACCCACUCCCGGAUGGGCUCCAUAAUGAGCACGGGGAUUGUCCAAGGCUCCUCAGGUGCCCAGGGCGGCGGCGGCAGCGGCUCCAGUGCCCACUAUGCAGUCAACAGCCAGUUCACCAUGGGUGGUCCUGCCAUCUCCAUGGCCUCGCCCAUGUCCAUCCCGACCAACACCAUGCACUACGGGAGCUAGGCACUCUGCCCUGACAGACUGACAGCACCAGGAAACCAAAUGAAGCCCCCGCCCAGCACCUUCGCCCGGGCGGCUGUCCCCUUGUACUGGAGAAGCCCAAACAUCCCGUCACAGCCCUCUUUGCUAUGGGAACUUGGACACUUUUUUUACACGAUGUUGCCGCUGACCCUACCUGACCCUGCCCACACCUUGGCCCUGAGCGAGUGUCGCUGCCACAUUUUACACAAGAUCAUGUCAGGGGAGCCUUUGUCCCCCUCCAGCCCUCUUCACUCUGACCUGGCUUUGACAUCUGCUGUAACAGGCGUGUUGGGGCCAGCAGCUGCACCCUGGUUGGGCAGGAGGAGGGAAGCAGCUGCCACAAUGGCCCAGGCUGCCCUGCCCCACCAGGCCCCCAGCCCCUGCCCCCAUCACCUGUCUCCAGUGGGAAGGCAGCCCAGCUGGGCAGGACCUCUCCUUCAACUACCAGGCCAUCAUGGUCACCAUGGGCGUGACAUGCUGCUUUUUUUAAUUUUAUUUUUUUACGAAAAGAACCAGUGUCAAUCCACAGACCCUCUGAGAAACCCGGCUGGCCGGGCCCAGCCAGCAGCCCCUCUCCCCAGGCUCAGAGGUUCAGUGGUGGGGGCAACCCUGGGCCAGGCCUCAGGCCCCUCCCCACCAAAGGGUUCACCUCACUUGAAUGUACAACCCACCCCAGCUGUCUGAAGGCCCUCCGUCCUCUGCCCCUGCCUCUUGCUGCUGUUCUGUCCUUGAGCCCCUGCAGGUCCCCCCUCAGCCUCCACCAAAAGCUGGAAUAGGCAGCCUGGAGGGAAGGUCAUUGUGGGUUGCUUCAGACAGACAGAAGCCUCAAGGAUCUGUCAGAGAAGGCGUCCUUUUCCCUUGUAGCUAACAUUAGGCCUGUGUAUUUCCCCUCCAGACUCAUAGAUAAUCCAGUCCCUACCAUCAUGAUGGCAUUUUGGUCCUUCUCCAUCCUGGGAAAGGACCUUGAAGGGACUUCUCCCUCCAAAAAAGAAAGCAAACAAAAUAAACAAGGAAAUGUAUGUUUCAGCACAGGCAAUUUUCUUCUACUUCUGCUCCCCUUGUUCCUAGCACCCCCAACCUCAGAAGCUGGAGCUCAGGCUAGGCCUCACACCCACUCUGUGCCCCCAGGCUGCCCUUCUUCCUGUCCUUGGCAGAGCUGUCAGGGAAAGCAUAAGGCCCACUGGCAGGCUGGAGGGCUUGGGAGUCCAGUCCUGUCCUGCAGCUGUGUUGCCUGAGCCACCUUGGAAGCUCCCUGCUCAGCUGCCCCUCCCCCACCUUUAUAUGAAUUCUCUGGAUCACCUUUGCAUAGAAAAUAAAAGUGUUUGCUUUGUAAGAAAA